AUGGCUGACCUAAAGUUCCUCCCCGGCCGCAUCGGCACAACAAAGAACUCGCCCGACAAGAUCCAGCUGGCGCGGCUGAGCUACGUGCUGGUGCAGCACCCAGACCUGGAGGCGUCCGACGUGUUCGCGCACGACUUCGGCUUCACCGAGGCGGCGCGGGACGGCGACGAGACCAUAUACUACCGGGGCUGCGACGGCGCGCGGCACUUUGACGGUGCGGCGUACCUGACCAAGACAGAGCGCGACUUUAAGCUCACGGCAGCGCUCAAGGAGAGUUCGGCCGUGGGGCAGAACCCCGCGACGGGCGGCGGCGGUUCCUUCGUUGACCUGGCGUCGCCAUCGGGCACCAAGAUGCGCGUUGUUUAG